UAUAAGCAUCAAUAUGUUCAAUUUGUGGAAAGCCAGAAGCAAGAAGUUGGGAUGCCGGGACUGCCGUGGUCCAAGCUCCUGCUAUCGCAAGCCGAGGUCAAGAAAUGUCUUGGCAGAUAGUCGACAACCAUCGCGACGGCAAACUUCCCGACCAUACCCUCUCAUUGUCUCUUGUUCCUUGACCUCUUCCUUCACGAUGUCGCCGUCUCUACCAUACACGUACCCAUUCGCCGCCUCCCCCGACAUCAUCCGCUCGCACCAAAAAGACGCGUACUUCAGCGGCGCCCUCCUCGAACAGCUCUCAACCCUCCUCCGCAAAGUAAAAGGCGCGCGCUUCGCCCACACAUACACGUCCGAAGCCCGUGUCUUCAGCGAACUUCUUUAUCUCGGGCUCACGACGCUGAUUGGCAACCGAACAUUGGGGGAAGAGUACUGCGACAUCGUUCAAGUGGAAGGCGAGAAUGGAAGGUUGCCCGCAUUGGGGAGAAGAGCAGGAUAUAUCCUCAGUUGUAUAUUGGGGCCGUAUCUGCUGGGGAGGAUAUUACCGGCUUUUAGGAAGAGGAUACGGGCGAAGCUGGAAUCGAACAUCAGACGGUACGCACGAUUGCGAGCCAAAGCCCAACACCAAGCGAAAGAGAGUGGGAGCAAGAAGGACAUAUCAACACCGCUAGGGGCGCGCAUCCAAAACUACAUCCUCCAAAAUCUCGACACAAUCACCUCGCCAUCACCCAUCUACGCUCUGUCACUCGCGACCUUCUACUUCGCCGGCAGCUACUACCACCUCUCAAAACGGAUCUGGAACCUCCGCUAUAUCUUCACACGCCACGUCCAAGAAAGCGAUCAGCGCGUAGGAUACGAAGUCCUCGGCGUCCUGCUGGUCCUUCAAAUGGCCGUACAAACAUACCUCCACCUCCACAACACCAUGUCCCGCGAUACGGUCCACACCGCCGCGCUCGGCGCCGGCAUGGGCACUACAGCAAUGGUAGGCGGCGGCGUAGAAGUCUCGCUCGACCCAAAUGCGUACAGCGCAAACAAUGCGCUGCUUUUCGAUACCCCCGGGCAUCCUGCAUCGCCUCCAUCGGAGCUGCAGAAGUGGACGAAUACCCCGGUGACUGAUAAACCAAGGUACGAGCUUAGUGAUGAGGAGACCAUGACUUGGAUUGGAGGCGGGAAUAGGAAGUGUACAUUGUGUCUGGAGGGGAUGAGAGAUCCGAGCGUGACGACGUGCGGGCAUGUGUUUUGCUGGGUGUGUAUCAGCGACUGGGCGAGGGAGAAGCCCGAGUGUCCGCUUUGUAGGCAAAGCUGUCUUGUGCAGCAUGUCCUUCCGCUCAGGGGCUGAUCGUUAGUAUUGAGCAAGAGUAGGAUGGAGGGAUUAGGCUUCACGUGUCGCGCGCUUAGCAAUAUUACAG